CAAAAAUACGUAAUCGUCGUAUGAGAAUUUUGUUUUACAAAUAUCAAGGAUAUGCUAUCGGUAGUGGUUUUCAUCCUGAUCGGCACCUGCCAAGGGCUCCCGUGCAAAUUCAACCCGAUGUGUUCCUGCAAAAUGGGCCCGACUUCCCAAUACGAGAACAAGACGACCAUCACUGACAUCUCAUGCGCUGGCGUGCCGUUUUCCAGGCUUCCCGAUUUUCCCGGGACGAGCACGUCGAACAUUGACGUGGUCGGCAGCGGAUUAGAAGUGGUCGAACCGGACUCGCUCGGUUCUACACAACUAUUGUCCGUCCGAUUUAUUAGCAACAGCAUUUCUGUAUUUUCCGACAAAGCACUCCAGUAAGUAAUUCCGUUAUAAUGACGAAAAAAAAACGUCAAUACAUCAA